AUGGAGGUGCAGUUAGGGCUGGGGAGACUCUACCCACGGCCACCGUCUAAGACCUAUCGAGGGGCUUUCCAGAACCUGUUCCAGAGCGUGCGCGAAGUGAUCCAGACCCCGGGCUCCCGGCACCUUGAGGCCGCGAGUGCAGCACCUCCAGGUGCCCAGUUGCAGCAGCAGCAGACCAGUCCCCGGCAGCAGCAGCAGGGCGAGGAUGGAUCUCCCCAAGCCCAGAGCAGAGGCCCUCCAAGCUACCUGGCCCUGGAGGAGGAACAGCAGCCUUCACAACAGCAGUCAGCCCUGGCGGGCCACCCGGAGAGCAGCUGCAUCCCGGAGCCUGGAGUCCCCUCAGCUGCAGGCAAGGGGCUGCAGAGGCAGCCGCCAGCACCUCCAGAGGAGGAUGACUCAGCUGCCCCAUCUACGUUGUCCCUGCUGGGCCCCACUUUCCCGUGCUUAAGCAGCUGCUCCACCGAUCUUAAAGACAUCCUGAGUGAGGCCGGCACCAUGCAACUUCUUCAGCAGCAGCAGCAGCAGCAGCAGCAGCAGCAGCAGCAGCAGGAGGUGGUAUCUGAAGGCAGCAGCAGUGGGAGAGCUAGGGAAGCCGCUGGGGCUCCAACAUCCUCCAAGGACAGUUACCUAGGGGACAGUUCUACCAUCUCGGACAGCGCCAAGGAGUUGUGUAAGGCAGUGUCGGUAUCCAUGGGCUUGGGUGUGGAGGCAUUGGAGCAUUUGAGUACUGGGGAACAGCUUCGAGGGGAUUGCAUGUAUGCUCCCCUACUGGGAGGUCCACCCUCUGUGCGUCCCACUCCUUGCGCCCAGCUGGCAGAAUGCAAAGGUUCUCUGCUGGAUAACUGCCCAGGCAAGGGCACUGAAGAGACUUCUGAGUAUUCCCCUUUCAAGGCAGUUUACCCCAAAGGGCUGGAAAGCGAGAAUCUGGGCUGCUCUGGCAGCGGUGAAACAGGGGUCACUGGAACACUUGAGCUGCCAUCCACCCUGUCUCUUUACAAGUCUGGAGCACUGGAAGAGGCAACAACUUAUCAGAGUCGCGAAUACUACAACUUUCCAAUAACCCUGGCUGGGCCGCCGCCUCCUCCGCCUGUUCCCCAUCCUCAAGCCCGCAUCAAGCUGGAGAAUUCCCUGGACUAUGGCAGUGCCUGGGCAGCCGCUGCAGCAGCGCAGUGCCGCUAUGGGGACCUGGCAAGCCUGCACGGCGGGGGUGCAGCGGGACCCAGCUCAGGCUCACCCUCAGCCGCUACCUCCUCUUCCUGGCACACUCUCUUCACAGCAGAAGAAAGCCAGUUGUAUGGGCCCUGUGGCGGAGGUGGUGGCGGCAGCACAGGCGAGGCAGGGGCUGUAGCCCACUUUGGAUACUCUCGGCCAUCUCAGGGGUUAUCAGGCCAGGAAGGCGAAUUUCCCCCAGCUGAUGUGUGGUAUCCUGGCGGCAUGGUGAGCAGAGUUCCCUAUUCAAGUCCUAGUUGUGUCAAAAGCGAGAUGAGCCCCUGGAUGGAGAGCUACUCUGGAUCUUAUGGGGACAUGCGUUUGGAGACUGCCAGGGAACAUGUUCUGCCCAUCGAUUAUUACUUUCCACCCCAGAAGACCUGCUUGAUCUGUGGGGAUGAAGCUUCUGGUUGUCAUUAUGGAGCUCUCACUUGUGGAAGCUGUAAAGUCUUCUUUAAAAGAGCUGCUGAAGGGAAACAGAAGUACCUUUGUGCCAGCAGAAAUGAUUGCACCAUCGAUAAAUUCCGAAGGAAAAAUUGUCCAUCUUGUCGCCUCCGGAAAUGCUAUGAAGCAGGGAUGACUCUGGGAGCUCGGAAGCUGAAGAAACUUGGUAAUCUGAAACUUCAGGAGGAAGGGGAGGCUUCCAGCGCCACCAGCCCAACUGAGGAGCCAACCCAGAAGCUGGCGGUGUCACACAUUGAAGGCUACGAGUGUCAGCCUAUCUUUCUGAAUGUCCUGGAAGCCAUUGAACCAGGCGUGGUGUGUGCUGGACAUGACAACAACCAGCCUGACUCCUUCGCAGCCUUGCUCUCUAGCCUCAAUGAACUGGGUGAAAGACAGCUUGUACAUGUGGUCAAGUGGGCCAAGGCCUUGCCUGGCUUCCGAAACUUGCAUGUGGAUGACCAGAUGGCAGUCAUUCAGUACUCAUGGAUGGGGCUUAUGGUGUUUGCCAUGGGAUGGCGGUCCUUCACCAAUGUCAACUCCAGGAUGCUCUACUUUGCCCCUGACCUGGUUUUCAAUGAGUACCGCAUGCACAAGUCCCGGAUGUACAGCCAGUGUGUCCGAAUGAGGCACCUCUCUCAAGAAUUUGGAUGGCUCCAAAUCACCCCCCAGGAAUUUCUGUGCAUGAAGGCACUGCUGCUCUUCAGCAUUAUUCCAGUGGAUGGGCUGAAAAAUCAAAAAUUCUUUGAUGAACUUCGAAUGAACUACAUCAAGGAACUUGAUCGUAUCAUUGCAUGCAAGAGAAAAAAUCCCACAUCCUGCUCAAGGCGCUUCUACCAGCUCACCAAGCUCCUGGACUCUGUGCAGCCUAUUGCACGAGAGCUGCACCAGUUCACCUUUGACCUCCUAAUCAAGUCGCACAUGGUGAGCGUGGACUUUCCAGAAAUGAUGGCAGAGAUCAUCUCUGUGCAAGUUCCCAAGAUCCUUUCUGGAAAAGUCAAGCCCAUCUAUUUCCAUACUCAAUGA